AUGGUUUCGUGCCAAGGAACAAGGCCAUGCAUAGUAAACCUUCUCACUAUGCCAAGUGAGGAUAAAUUGGGUGAAGAGAUAUCAACGAGGGUGAUUAAUGAGUAUUCAAAACUAAAAUCUGCCUGCAGACCAAUAAUUAGGCCUUCAGGUAUCAGAGAGUGGACAAUAUUGGCAGGUGUUGCAGCUAUUAACAGAGAUGGCGGUGCGAAUAAGAUAGAGAUACUUUCCAUAGCUACUGGUGUGAAGGCUUUGCCAGAUUCAGAACUACAAAGAAGUGAGGGGAAGAUUCUGCAUGACUGUCAUGCAGAAAUACUGGCAUUACGAGGUGCUAAUACAGUUUUAUUAAACCGUAUUCAAAACUAUAAUCCAUCAAGUGGUGAUAAAUUCAUUCAACAUAAUGACGAGAUACCUGCCAGAUUCAAUUUAAAGGAAAACUGGGAGUUGGCAUUGUACAUCUCGAGAUUGCCCUGUGGUGAUGCCAGCAUGAGUUUCCUGAAUGAUAAUUGCAAAAAUGAUGAUUUCAUCAAAAUAGAAGAUAGCGACGAAUUUCAAUACGUCGACCGUAGUGUGAAAACAAUAUUGAGGGGACGCUUGAAUUUCAAUAGAAGAAAUGUCGUUAGGACUAAACCAGGAAGAUAUGAUUCCAAUAUCACUUUAUCUAAAUCCUGUUCUGAUAAAUUAUUAAUGAAACAACGGUCGUCGGUACUGAAUUGUUUAAAUUAUGAACUCUUUGAAAAACCUGUAUUUUUAAAGUACAUUGUGAUUCCUAAUUUAGAAGAUGAAACGAAACAUCAUCUAGAGCAAUCAUUUCACACUCGUCUACCGAAUCUAGAUAAUGAAAUUAAAUUCCUGAAUUGCCUCAAACCAUUUUAUGAUGAUAAAUUGGAUGAGGAGGAUGUUCCUGGUCUAAUGUGUAGUGUCAAGCUCUUUAUGGAUGACUUUAGCACCGAAGAAGCGAUUCUUAAUGGCGUGAGGAAUGGAUUUUAUACCAAAUCAUCGAAACCACUGAGGAAACACUGUCAAUCGCAAGUAAGCCGGUUUGCACAAUGGGAACUAUUCAAAAAAAUAAGACCAGAGUAUGAAGGAAUAAGCUAUUUGGAAUUUAAAUCUCGUCAAAAAAAGAGAAGCCAGUUAAUUAUCGCAAUAAAGAACAUUUUAUCUCCCGAUGGUUGGAUACCCACCAGAACGGAUGAUGUGAAGUAA